AUGGUGAUGGACGUGGAGAAAGAUGAGGAGUUGAUGGAGGGACUCAUAAGGGAGAAAACUGAUAUGGAGGUCGAUAAUGGAAAGAAGAAGAACAAGAAAAAAGAGGGUUACAAGCAGUUAGCUGAGAGAAUUUCGCAAGAGGAAACAGAUGUGGAGACUGAAACUGGUAAUAAUGUUAUGGCAAAGAAGAAGAAGAAGAGAGGGAAUAAUAAAAUGGGAUCGGGGGCUUCAAAGAGUACUGCAGUAAGUCGGAGGGGGCGGCGGCGCAAGCAGAAAACCCGCAGCUUCUCUCCAAGUGAGCACCACCUUCGACCGAGAAAUCCGAAGGUAAGAAAGCUCAGUAGGAUUGUCACCCGUUCUUCCCUUGAUGAACAGGAUGUGAAUCAUAAGAAGUUACCAUUGGCAUCAACGAAAGCACCUCAAAAGAGAAAAAAGAAGGCGACACCAUCAUCAUCAUCAGAAGAAAAAUCACAAGCGAAAAGGAAUGUGAGAGAAAACUCACCGAGAAUCGUAAUACGCCAACUAAAAAUCACUGAGAGCACCGAUGAAGAAAUUGAUGAUGAUUAUUUUGACGAGCCAACCCAGAAUUAUCGAAUCCCAUCUUGGGUUCGCUGCAAAGUCUACACAAAAUGCAACCAUCACAGUUCAAAACCUUGUGAGAAUGCUGGGGAUGGACCCUCUUGA